AUGCCGAAAAAGCCGGACGAUGCUUCAUACGAGCAAGCGCCACACGACCUUUCGUGGAAGGCUGACGAUGGCCCUAGGAUACCAAAUCCAAACCACACACUAUACGGAAACGAAAAUGAUAUCCUCCAGGUCCUUACGGUCUCAAGCCCUGCAGUGUCUUUGUCAUAUGUGAAUGACGAAUAUACAAAUCUUGAAGAGGCCUCGUCGUACAUGGUACACAGCAAGUCAUCUACGACUGCGCCUCCACCUGUACCUGUUACCUCGUCAACCGCCUCCGCACCAACACCAAGCACCAUCGAAGAUGAGACAAGGCUACUAUACGCAUGUCCAGACUGCCCCAAGAUCCUCCGUACACCGGGUCUACUGAGAAACCAUUACAACCGUACACACAACCUCCGCUACACAUGCAACCUAUGCAACGGCAUCUCCUUCGGCCUAGCAGCAGACCUAAAGCGUCAUAAGAAACAUGUGCAUCAGCAAGGCAUAGAGGACGACGAGAUAUACCGCUGUACUAUCCCAGGCUGCUCAACACCUAACAAGAUCUUCAGACGGAAAGACAACUUCAACAGACACAUCAAGCGGUGUCGUAAACGGAUUGGGAAGGGAAAGGGUAAAGAGCGUGUCGAACCUGGAGUCAAAGAAGAACAAGGUCCGAGGGAAGCGCAUAUGAAGGGUAGGAAUAUGGGUAUUUAA